GCGAAAUCUUCUGCAUGGUACGAUCAAACGUUACAAUCAUGGCUACAUCCUCGGAGAGCGCUGCUUCAGAAUCUUCCUUCAGCGAUGAAGUCUCAAAGUUGAUGGGCAAAGGACGCCGUCACCUUGUUUGCAACGAAGUCGUCCAGGCUGUCAAAUGCUUUGAGGAAGCAACUCAGAAGUUAGAUGGAAAAUAUGGCACAGGAGCUGAUGAAUGUGGUGAAGCAUAUCUCUUCUUUGGAAAGGCCUUAUUAGAACUGGCAAGAGCAGAAAAUGGUGUCCUUGGAAAUGCACUUAAAGAUGCUGAGCCAAAAAGUGAAGAAAGCAGUGAUGAGGAUGAGGAGAAGAUGGGGGCAGUUGGACCCAAGAUCAGUGAGAUGAGUCCUAGUGCUAAAGACAAGAUUCGGGAGGAUGUACAAGAUGCCAUGGCUGAGAAAAAAGAUGGUGAUGUCAAAGAGAAAGAUAAUGAACAGGAUGAGACUGCAGCAGACAAAACUAAAACAGAAAAGGAAACGAAAUCAGAGGAAGAACCUAAAGAAAAAGCAGUGGAAGAGAAGGAAGCUGAUAAAGAUGGUGAUAAAGGAACAGACAAGGAUGAGAAGGAGGAGAAAAAAGGAGCAACAGAAGAAAAGGAGAGUGAAGGGGCUAAGAAAGAUGCAGAAGAAGGCAAAAAGGGGAAUGAAGAAGCAAAGGAGGAUGAAGGAGGUAGGAAGAAGGAGGGAGCAGAAGAAGGUGAGGAGAAUACUGAAGAAGGCAAGAAGGCUGAGGAAGAUGAUGAAGCGGGAGAUGAAGAUGAUGAUGAGGAUGACGAUGAAGAUAUGGAAGGUGUGGAGGAGGGAACUGAAGGAGAAGGAAAAGCAGAUGGUGAUCAGGAAGGGGAGGAUCAAGAGGAGGAAGUGGAUGUCCCAACUAUGCAGUUAGCUUGGGAGUUCUUGGAAUUAGCUCGUAUUGUUUUUGUGAGACAAGAAAACAAAGAAGCUCAGUUGAAUUUGGCUGAAGUUCACCUUAAACUUGGUGAGAUCAAACUAGAACAAGAACAAUUUGUUAACGCUGUAGAGGAAUUCCAGUCUUGUCUUGAUCUUCAAACAAAACAUUUAGAAGCUGAUGACAGACUCAUUGCAGAAACAUCUUACAGCAUGGGACUAGCUUACAGUUUACAACCAAAUUACUCUAAGGCACAUGAAUUCUUUAGCAAAGCAUUAGAAUGUAUAAAACUCAAAACAUCCAAGCUAGAGGCUCGUGUGGCAGAGUGGGAGUCAAAGAGCAAAGGAAAAGGAAAGGCAUCAGAUAAAGAUCCUUGUGUUGUGGAUAGAAAAGAGCUUGAAGAGCUACAGAACUUGUAUCCUGAGAUCAAAGCAAGAGUGGAUGAUGCUCAAGAAAUGAUGAAUUCAGCUCCAAAAGAGCCUGAUUCAGAGACAACAGAGGGCUUCGGAACAAGUGAUACAAAAGAUGUUCCUGCAACCACGAUACCAAUUAAACAAACUGCUACUCUCAUACAAGUUCGCAGAAAGAGGAAGCCAGAGGAAGAGAGUAGUAGUUCUGGUGCCCAGGACACAGAGGUACCAGUGAAGAAAGCUCGGCAAGAAGAAGAGCCGCCAAAACCUGUACCUACAGUUACAGAAAAUGGACAUGAUCCUAGUGGAAAUGGAACAGCUACCUCUGAACAAAAGUGAAAUGUAAUUAUACUUGUGUAAAUAAACCAGUUUGUUUGCUGUAAUAAGAUUAAUAAACUUUACAAUUAUAAUUGGA